AGUUUUUUUGAGACUGUAGCUCGUCGUCGGGACGAAGAAAACAAUAGUUACUGGAUUAUGUAGCCAUGGCGAAAAACUCUAACCCUCAGAGGUUAGACUUGGAUUCUUCCUCUGAAAAUGACUCUUCAUCUUCCGCCCGCAGUCAUCGUAGUCUGCGUGUGGCUGAGAAUGCAAAGAAAAAACGGGAGGCCGAGGAUCCGUUUCUGCUGGCGCUGAAGUACUUCUCCAAGGUGGAAGCUGGCACCCCUUGGAAAGGGAAUGACACAGUGGAGCGGCACCUUGCUGCUGUGGAGAGAGUGGGCCUCAGUCGGGGUCUCUCUCCACAAGCCGUAUCCAUCCUGCUGGAGUUCUCCCUGAGCCUCCGCAUGGGGUCUGCAAUUGGCAUACGAGUGCUGAAGUUUCUGGUUCCUGCCUCUACGGUUCCCGAGGAGGCCAUUAUCCGAGGCGUGUCUUGGCUAUGUGUGGAUAAGAUGCCAGUGAACAUGCAGGUCCUGUUUGUCCGGUGGGUACUCACUGUAUUUGACCUUAUUGACUCCAAGGACCAACUGAGGGCCAUAUACGGCUUCAUCUUCAACUUUGUCACUGAAGAAAAUCUGUGCCCCUACAUCUGCCAUCUUCUGUACCUGCUAACCAGAAAGGAAAAUGUUCGACCGUACAGAGUUAGAAAGUUGCUGGAGCUUCAGACAAGAAUGGGCUGCCAGCCAUUUCUAAUGCACUUGCUGUCAGUUUACAAAGUCUAUUGUCCAGAACUGGUCACAAUCUCUGUGCCGGCGAAAAUGAAGAGUGGCUUUAAGAACCACAACUCUACCUGGAAGGCAGCGCUAGCUGCUGUGCAGAAGAGCAGCACAACGGAGCUCCUCUCUGAUCUCCAGUUGAGUGUGGGUGUGAGUCAGCAGCCAGCUACCAGGAAGAGGAAGCUGCACAGGCACUUAACCAUUCCGGCUGUUAGCUCCUCCAUCCAGAGCCAGAGCAGGCUGUCUGGCAGCAAGGUUUUCCCACUGGAACAGCUUCGUACCUUCUCUCAGCUACUUGAGAACCUCCACCGCAUUGAGCUCCCAGCCCAGAUGGGCUCCUUGCUGGGCUCCACAGUGGCCCUCCACUUUCUGGACUGUGUGAGGGACAGCUCUGCCUUUCUCCGUCUCAACUUCUGGUUGGGUCACCUACUUCAUGAGGAGUUCAUAUUCUGCAAGGAUGGUGGCACUCAGGACUUGACAGAGGCUACCGGCUUCCUAAACACUCUCAUCUCCACGCAAUGCUUCCUUCAGGAGGGUUUUGCAGCCACCGAGCUCUUCCUAUACAAGUUCCUCAACAUUUGGGAUGGCUCACUGCUCCGGCCUGAGAUCCUGGGCCUUCUUAGCAACAUUCCUGUGGUCCCAUGCUCACGUAUCAAAACUCUUCUCUUUGAGCCACUAAUGCAGCUGUUUUUCACCUCUUCUCUGUUUUUCAAGUGUAGUGUCAUUGAGUGCCUCACCAACAUGCUCCUCAAAUGGCUCACCUGGCACUCUGUGUAUGCAUUUGAAGAUGAGUUGGACAUCAGUGUCACCAGCCAGACCCCUAUGAACAUGACACUGUCAGGGCUAAUGGAUUCUGUUGUGGAACUGGUCCAUUUUGUGGGCCGUAUCUCCACCAUAGGCCUGCAGCUGGAGGGGUACCAUAGCCUGCUGCUCAGCUUCACUUUGGACUUCUACAUGAUGGUGAGUGACAUGUACCUGAAGUAUGACCUGCCCCUGGUGCUCAUGCCACCAGCUGGAGUGUUCUACCCUGCCCUUUUUGCCACCGACCCUGUCAAUCUGGAUAAACUGUGCCACAUCAUGUACAGGUACAGAACAAAUCUGAUGUCGGCCAAGAAUCAAGAACAGAAGAUGAAGAAGCCCAUUGAGAUCAGCAGGAAGACGUACCACGAGUUCAACCAGUAUGUGGUAUCCAUGGUGAGCUGUCUCUGGAACUCCAGGGCCUUCCAGCCUGGUAUGGGCUUAGAGAUGGAUGAGGGACUUCUCUCCAGGAGUGGGGUGCCAGAGCCCUGGACCCGCUUCAGUUUGGUUUACCACCCGGCCUUCCUGGGCUAUGCUGUCGAUUUUCACGAAAAUUGUUGGCCAGAGAGGAUGAAAAUGGACUUGAGUUCUAUAAAGCUGGGGAAGCGCUGGGACUGGUAUGUGGAGUUCCUCUACUGUCAGGGCCUCCAAGGCCUCAAGGAGUUCAUGCAGAGCAGCCUGAGACGACAGUCGUCGGUCGGAGGGACGAGGGCGACCUCAGACAGCCAGUCCCAGCCCCCGUCCUAGUCCCAGCUCCAUGCCCGUCCCCCGUCCGUGGCCUGGUUGUGGACACAUCUGGGCAGAAUGGGCAGCAGACAA